CACACAGGUAAAACUAGAAGCUCCAGUCCCAAGACAAAAAGUUGAAAUUCUUUCUUCUCUUCACAACAGUUUAUUCGCACGCAGCUCCGAAGGGCUCUCCGUCGUCAAUUUAGGGUUUUCGAUCGCCUUCUUCGCUGCGAUUCUGUCGUAUUUUCUCCGAAUAACGUUGCAAUUUUUGCAAUCAAGUCGUGCUGUCAAGAGUACCAGAUAUAACCAUUCCAUACUUUGUUCUCAUGCCUCACAAGUUGAGCUUGAGUCUUCCUCAAGCUCAAGCCCAUUUAACCAAAGGGCCCAUAAAUGCAUGUGGUGUAUGCCUCAGAACCUGACAUCUUAAAAGUCUCAUAACUUUACAUCUUCAAAUGGAACGCUUAAGAGAAAAGUGCAAUUUGAAUAACCAUAGGAGCACAUAAAUAUGUUGAAAAUUAAUUAUUGUGUGAGGGGAGAGAGCAUUCUGAAAGAGGUAAUUAAUCUGGCAAUGCUGAUAAUAGGUGCCUCUACUUUAGGUGUUAAUUGGAGCGUCAAAUUUUGAUUUUAACAAUUACAUGUUGAGGAAUGAUGGACCUUGCUGCGCUGGAUUUUUAUUUUUUCAAUAUCUUCUGAAGCAUCCGCAAUAUAUUAAUUCUUGAGAAAAUAAUGUGGAAUAUUAAUGAUGAUGCUAGUGAUGAAUAAUUUAUGAUGCUUCAAUUCUAGAAAUAAAUUCCGGUAAAUAUUAUUCCUUGUAUUUCCAAAGACCUACGGACUGGGGGGAAAAAAAUACUUUGUAGUUUCAUUUGCAUUAAUGGUGCAUUUUUGAAGCCUCAAAGCCUACAAGCCUACAACUUGAUGCUUUGGGUUUUUCAAGCAGACAUUACAGACAUUAGAACUGCAUUUCAAUGUUUUACUUAAUUUAUAAUUUUAUGAAAAAAGAAAUCACAUUUCCUUCACCUCUUCUGUGUGAAUUUUAAAUAGUUCGAAGGGCUAAUUAUGUGCAUUGCUUCCUUCCAGCAUGUGAAAAGGUAUAAUGUAUGUCUGUAUUAUGCACAUUGGUGUCCUAAAAGAUUAUAGUAACAUGUUAUUAGAUGCAGGAUUUAUCUAAAUGUUGAAUUUAUUUAAUGAUCAAAUUUAUGAGAGAUUUUUAAAUUUUCUUUGUAGCUGAAUGCAAUAUGGUAUUUUUAACUAUUUAUUAACUUGUAAACUUUCUUGUUUCAUUGAUGUGUGGGGGCUUUAAGAGAUUGUGCCUGUUUUGUGAUUGAUCAGUUAAAUAUUUUUUCCAUAAUUGAUUUUCUUUUUAUUUUUUGGGUACUUGUAGACAUUGCGAACACUCUGUGAAUUGCCACAAUUGUGUGGAAAGGGGGUGGCAUAUAGGUGGGGAGUUAUUAACUAGGGCCUUGUGGCAAAACUAGGCAGAAUUGGUGUUGAACUUAGAAAUUUGUUGACCUUUUGGGUGUUUUAUGGUCAGCCUGGUGUUCUAUCAAGAACCUGUUCAACAACAUGACUUUGAUGCAUUGAUAUUUGCAUGUGAACUUGAGCUGGUAGUAAUAUUUUUUUUUCCUGGCACACAUCCUACUUGUUUUAUUUUGUCGAGCACCAUCUGUUGCAAAUUGGCGCUCCUGCAUAUUUCACCAACAGUGUGGUAUUUUUGUUUUCCUCUGAUGCUGUAUUACCUUUAUGCUAAGGUUUCUACAGUUGCAUUGGUGUAGAUUCUGGAUUCAAAAUCUUACUGUUAAAAUCAACUGGGUAUAUAGUUUUCAUUACUGCCAAACCUGUUACUGACUGCGUAUGCUUCCUCAUUGUAAUCCCAUUUUUUUGCCCCAGGCAAAUUGCAUCGAUAAUUGAUAACAGGAUAUUGGCAACUAAAUGAGUUUUGCUUUUUUCUUCUGCCAGAUGUACCUGGACCUAGUAGUACUCACUUUGUUGCAUAUGAUUCUACAUGAUAGCAUGCUUUUUCUUACACAACAACGGUGCCUGGGUUCUCUCAUGUACCACAAAGUUGUGCACUUUUUAUCUUUAGGUGCCAGUGUAUGGUCACUUGUUCUUGAAGUUUCAAUCUGCUUCAUUAGUGUGCUAUUUUUGCUGUUCAGGGCUGUGGUUUAAUUAUUUUCUUACGUUGACUUGCUAUUUUUUCAUUGCCUUUCUGGUUUCAAUUGUUUACCACCUGGUAGCAACAUGUUCAUUGUUGUUUCAUAGGUACUUCGGGCAGAUGUACCGUCUGCAUAAGGUUUAUUAUGUGUCAUUUGAGUGUUAAAAUGUAUAUUUGUGAGUUAGUGAUUAUCCUGGCAGUUUGGACAGCUUUGGAAUGUUUUGUUUACCUGAGUUCCAUCUCCAUGAUUAUAAUUUUCAGUGAAGCGAGUUACUUUUUCACUGUGUAUUUUUUUUUGUUUUGGGGGGGGGGGGGGGGGGGGGGGUUCUCUCUUGAGGGACUGUUGUUACUAAAUGUUUUGUUCCAUUUCACUUAGUUUUGCAUUCACAAGUGAAUUUUUUUUAUACUGAGCAACACUUUGCAGGACACGGUGGCCAUCCAAGUCAUGUAGUCUACUUACUAAUUGGACACUUGUUUGUUUUUUGUUUGUAUUUUAGUAUUUAGCAUUUUUUUUUUCUAAUUAUACCUAGAAUUUUAUUAACAAUAGAUAGAUAAAUUCUUGCCCCUUUCUAACAAUAUGCCCCCAUUAACAAAAUCUGAGCAGAUUUCCACUUUUUCAGAUGCAGCUUCUGCACAUCUGGUAGCUGCUUUUUGAUUUGCUGAACACCCUUACAGAGGUUUGAAAUUAUUUCUGCAGUUUUUGUCAUUUGUGUAUCUCAGAUGGAUGAUAGUGGCCAUCGUGAAAAUGGAAGACACAAAGCAGAGCAGUAUAAAACAGCACAGGGUCAGUGGCUGAUGCAGCAUCAGCCAUCAAUGAAACAUAUAAUGGCUAUAAUGGCUGAAAGAGAUGCUGCCAUUCAAGAAAGAAAUUUGGCCAUCUCUGAGAAAAAGGCAGCUCUGGCAGAGCGAGACAUGGCCUUCCUGCAGAGAGACACAGCAAUCCAAGAACGAAAUACUGCCAUAAUGGAACGGGACAAUGCCAUUGCGACCCUGCAAUACCGUGAGAACCCUAUGAAUAGCGACAAUAUGUCGUCAUGCCCACCAGGAUGCCAAAUUUCACGUGGGGUGAAGCACAUGCACCAUCCACAGCAGCACGUGCACCAUCCUCCCCACGUGGCUGAAGUUCCUUACAAUUCAAGGGAAAUGCACAUAAGUGACGCCCUCCCAAUGUCACCGGUAGCUUCUGAUGCUUCAAAGUCCCGGCGGGCUAAACGAGCCAAGGAGCCUAAGGCUACACUGUCUAAUAAGAAAGCUUCAAAACCUUCGAGGAAGGUUAAGAGGGAGGGUGAUGACUUGAAUAAGAUCAUGUUCAGUAAAUCACAUGAAUGGAAGGGACAGGAUAUGGGUGGUGGAGGGGAUGAUCUUAAUAAACAGCUAGUUGUGUCAAAACCUGACUGGAAGGGUCAGGACCUGGGGCUGAACCAGGUUGCAUUUGAUGAAUCAACGAUGCCCGCCCCAGUUUGCUCAUGCACUGGUGUGCUAAGGCAGUGCUACAAAUGGGGGAAUGGGGGUUGGCAGUCUUCCUGCUGUACAACCACAAUGUCUAUAUAUCCACUUCCAGCAGUACCCAACAAGCGUCACGCUCGAGUAGGAGGGAGGAAGAUGAGUGGAAGUGCCUUCAAUAAGCUGAUUAGCCGACUUGCUGCAGAGGGUCAUGAUCUGUCUGCCCCAGUUGAUCUUAAGGACCACUGGGCUAAACACGGGACAAACCGGUACAUUACAAUCAAAUAAUUGGCUUCUCAAGUUGGUUUGAGUUGGGAGGUUGAGAACUGGAAAAUGGCAUGUGAUGAUCAGGUAUGCAAUCUCAAUUCUAGUUUUAGUACUGGAGGAAAGGAAGGUUUAAUGGCAAUUGCAGUUCAGGUCAGGUAGGGGAAUGUACUGGGCAAUUUUCUGCAAUAUGUUACCCUCCUCAACUUUUAAUUACCUGAAUGGGAUUUACAGAGGGAUGGAGGGCUUUUUGUCGUUGUGACCGGGUGUUCCCAAUAAUAAAAAAUAUGAACUAGAAGCAUUUAUCCUUGUAGCUGGAGAUUAACUGUAUAUCAGGGUUGUACUUCCAAAACAAAACAAAACAAAAAACUUAAUUGUGUACCAGUUAGAAGUGUUAGUUUAAGAUAUACAUGGUUAUAUCUAAGUGUUUUAUAUAUAUAUAUUGUAUCAGGGAGUGUUAAUUUAAGAGAUAGAUGGUUAACUAGGCUUUUCUAUUUUCAAAACAAUAUACUUGGUAUAUCCAAGUUCUUCUAUCUCCUUGUAUCUGCAAGUGUAAUUUAAGAUAUAGUUGGUUGGCUUGGCAUCUA